GUCUUGUCUUAUUGUUGACCAAGGAAGAGAAGCAUGAGAAGGCCCGGAUUCAGAAAAUUUAAGGCUUUGGGCAUCAACAUUCAUGCCAAGCCACGGCGAUCAUGGCACACAGCGUCUGUUGGACAUGCAUGUCAGUGCAUCAAAGGCAGCAAUAAUGCGGCAAUCUGUUCAUCUGGCCGCCGUCCAAGAAAUCAGAUGGCAGGUCUGGAAUCUGGAUUGGUCUGUUGGUUCUCAACGCUGCGAGCCGUUGCCGCUGAAUCGCUGAUUUGCUCAGCCGCUGCUGGAGGCCAUCAGUCGACUCCACACACACUUGCAAGUCGUCUUGCCCAACGGCCGAGCAUACAGCGAAGACAAAUGAGGUAUAAGAGAAGAGUUUUUCCUCGUCCGAAAGAUGUCGAAAUUUGAUCAGGCUCCACCAUGCGGACUUCAAUCCUACCUCAUCUCACUACCUGUGCCCAGCCUAACCAUGUCUGAGGAGUCUUUUCAUCAGAUCGACCCUAAUGGGGACGUCGUACUGAUCCUUCGCAACCCUGACGCCCCAUUUGCUGUUUGGGAGGCCGACUUGUCAUCUGAAGAAAAUUUUGCGAAGGAAUGUCCUACAGCAGUAGAUAUCCGUCGUUCAUCUCGCAAUAACGGCGAACUUCGCGGGGCCGAACCGGUUCCAGAGCCACCUCCGGCAACAUUCCCAACGGUAUACGAUGAUUCGGGCUUCUGGGGAGGCAGUCAAGGUAUGACAAAAAAACGGAAAAAGAAAAAGAAGUCGUCGUUGUGGGGUAUCUCAUCGGCUUUUGAUGACGUUGUACCUGUCGAAGUAGCGGUCCCAUACGAAGAGCCGCACCCAAAGGUAUAUUACGAACCAGAACCAGAGGCAGAGGCACACCCCGCGCCAGAGCCAGAGCCGGAGGCAGAGGCGUACCCUGCGCCAGAGCCGGAGAUAGAGGCAUACCCCGCACCAGAGCCAGAGCCAGAGGGAUAUCCCGACAUUGAGCCAGAACAGGAGUUUGAGGCACAUGUGGCGCCAGAGCUAGAGGUACCCGAAAGGCCAGAGGUGAAAUAUCUUGUUUCUUCAAGGCACCUCGCUCUAUCAUCGCGGUACUUCUCGGCCAAGCUCUCCGGCCCGUGGAUUGAGGCUGCGGUCAAGCACAUUGAUGGCUGUUAUCACAUGGAUGCAACAGAAUGGGAUUCCGAGGCAUUACUCAUUUUAAUGCGGGUCAUUCACGGAAAGACAAGAAGUGUGCCCCGCCACAUGGACCUCGAGAUGUUGGCGAAGCUGGCAGUGCUUGUGGACUACUACGAAUGUCACGAGGUCAUCGAAAUCUACUGCCCUGGGUGGAUUGGACCUUUGAGCGACAAACUACCAGCCGACUACGGUAGAGACAUGGUUCUCUGGCUCCUGAUCUCACACGUUUUUCAACAAUACGACAUCUUUCAGCAAAUGACGCGGGUGGCAGUAUUGAAGAGCGCCGAUCCUGUUCGAACCAUGGAACUUCCGAUUCCAUCUAGCCUCGUUGAUUUGGUAGACUGGCGCAGACAAGAUGCGAUCGAGUUCAUCUUGAGGAUGCUUCAGAAGCUGCUUGAUGCGUUCCGAAACGGGACAGCUGGUUGUAGCUUUGAAUGCAGCAGCAUUCUAUUGGGGGCCCUUACCAAAGAAAUGGACAAGCACAAUCUACUUGAUCCUAAGCCAGCCGCACCUUACUCAGGAUACUCCAUUGAGAACACGGAGAAGAUCAUCAGAGCCUUCCGCUCUCCGCAGUGGUGUAGUGAGAUUUACUCGUACGGGGCAAGGCAUCAUCCAUGCACUCUGGGCAGCAUGAUAGACUGUCACCUAAAUGCAGACUUCGACAAGUGCAAACAAGGCUUCAAGAUUUGCGACACAGUUUUGGCGCAAGUCAAUGGAACACAAAAGCGUGGGAAAGGGAGAGCAAUAUCCUUUUCUGCGGAGGAAGAGCCUGUGCCCAUUUUGGAGAGCAAUUAGGACAUGUCGGACACUUUCUUGUGAGAGGCUCUCGUUUUCGGACAGCUCAAUUGUGGGCUUCGCUCAAGCGUUACACCAUACCUCCAGAGAAUCGCUUUCAAGGACUCUUGUAAAUGUCUUUCGCUUUCUCUAAGCUACUGGAAUACUGGGAUCGAUUUCAUGAAUUCGACAAUUUCUAGUAAUUCCAAUUUUCUGCAGGCUAGUGCAAGAGAGAUAUUGUGCCACUUAAGCUAUACACCAGGUACUAUCAGCUGGUCAACAUCCGGACCCCAUCCUUCGGACCUCGAAAAGGUGACCGUGUUUUCUCCUUCCUUCAGAUUGACGUGGAUGGCGCUGCUACCAGUAGUAGAAAGAUGAGACGUCGCAAGGAAAGCGACUGACUGCUCUUCGCCGUUCACAGAAACUGCAGCAUGUCGAGAGGCAGUAUCGCCGUUCU